AAUGAAUGGUAAAAAUUCGAUAUCAAGAUCUGUAGCUGAACACUAUAAUGGAAUUAAAGAAAUUGGCUUGCAAAAGAGAACGGAAACGCGAAUUUAUUAUCUGCGAAACUUUAAUAAUUGGAUAAAAUCUUGUUUGAUUUCGCAUACCGUUAAAAGUUUUCAGCCGAAGCAAGAUAAUAAAGAAAGAUUUGAGUCAUCGACAAAGGAUUGUUUGAAACGAAAGUCUGAACCAGAAUUGGGAGAACAAGCAGAACCCGCCAAAAAAGGAGCAUGGGCCAGCCAGUCUUCCAGUGAUCACUCUAAUGGGUCCCAGAAUCUGACUGUCCUUGAUUUGUGCUGCGGUAAAGGCGGAGAUUUGUUGAAAUGGUCUAGUUGUGAUAUUUCAGUUCGACUGCUAGUUGGAGUGGACAUUGCUGCUGUUUCAAUAGAUCAGUGUCGUGAAAGAUGGGGACGAAACAGAAAGAGUCAGAACUUAGAAGCCAAAUUCUUCACGUUGGAUUGCACGAAAGAGUUGUGCUCGUCACUAGAAAAUUUUCCGACCGACGAAAAUUUUGACAUCAGCAGCUGUCAGUUUUCAAUACACUACGGAUUCGAGUCAGAAACCCAAGCUAAAACAAUCAUGCGCAACGCAUGCGAGAAGGUCAGAGUUGGAGGCUACUUCAUAGGAACUACUUUAAAUAAUCGAGAGUUAAUCAGAAGACUAAAAAUAGCCCAGAGGAAAGACCCAAAUGCGUGCAGUUUUGGCAACGAAGUUUAUCAAAUUAGUUUCGAUGAUUCCAAAAGUUUUCCAGCUUAUGGGUGCAAAUAUCAUUUUCAACUAGACGGUGUUGUAAAUUGUCCAGAAUUUCUCUGUGACAUUGAUUUGUUGUCCAAGUUGGCGGCGGAAUUCGGAUUUCAACUUGAAGAAACCUUCUCCUUCCGCGAAGCUUUUGAAAACUUCAAAAAUGCUCCAAGAUGUAAAAAUCUGCUGUCAAUAAUAAAUGCAUUGGAACCCUACACGCCAAGAUCGUGGAAUUUAUCCUCGAAGAACCCAAACGAUUAUGACCAUGCGCAGACUUAUUUCGACGAGUGUCUGAGAAAGAAAAAAGAAUCCAGAAGUCAUGAAAGGUUUUCGAUUGGAACUAUUUCAAAAAGCGAAUGGGAGGCUAUUUCAGUGUACAAUUGCUUCAUUUUUAAACGAGUCUCACAGCAGGCGAUUCAGUUUGACUUCGAGUAUGACGAGGCUAAAAUAGUGAAAGUGAUUGAAGCGGAACUUGACGAUGUUUCGCAGCUACAGCCGCCCUUGGUCGAUGAUUACUAUCCACGCAAGCUGAACUACGCUCAUCGCAAGUAAAUUUAAUUGUGUGGCUCUUUGAUUUUUCUAAAUGAAGAUGUGAUGUGAUUUAUUUAAAUAUUCGUUGUUAGUAAUUUAUGAAUAACAAA